AUGGUCUCAGUUACGGACAAACGGGAAUCUACGGCAAUGCAACACGUCGUCUCGGAGGAACCAGACCGUGCCAACGCUCCCAACUGUGUUGCAAUACGCACAUCUGGUAUAAAAGGUGGAAAACUGAACCACAACAUCGCUGAUGGCCCCCUCACCAUUGUCACCAGAUUGCCUCUCUCUUCGCCGCCAUUUCCUCCGUCGCUGCUGAGGGAUGGAUGCUUCACUGGCGGCCAAUCAGGACACUGUGUACAGAUUAAUGAUGGCAAACUCGGAGGCGCUCGCGCUGCUACGAUACCCCCCGCGGGUAACAAGUCCACGCCUGAAAAUAAGAAACAAGGAGAUCCCUUCGGCGAUGAAAUGCGGGAGGAUAUCAUAUAUGUCAUGUUUCGUUUUACGAUUAAACAUAUAUCCCUCUGCCAGCAUGCUGUCGCUAUGCCACAAUCAACUAAGAUCCUCGUCCGGGAGAUGGCGAUAAAAUAUCGUACUGCAAUUUAUUUGGGUGCAGCGAGUAUCGCCGAAUUCUUUGCUGACAUCCUUUUGACACCCCUGAAAGCAACUCGAAUUCGCAUGGUAUCGGAACGAGGGUACGCCACUAGUCUUGUCAGCGGGUUUACACGUUUGUCUCGGGAAGCCGGCGUGUCUCAGCUUUCUGCUGGUUUCCUUCCCAUCCUCUUACAAUGGUAG